AUGGCUCCUCCACCCCUACCCGCCGGCAUGUCGAAGCACCACAUCGUCGUGCUGGAAGGCGUUCACGCCAAAAUGCCAUCCUUUGACUUCCCACACACUAUCGACGUCCACCAACGCACCCGCCCCGACCAAGUCGCAGAACGCAUCAAGAACGCAACCGUGGUCAUAGCAUGCGUCGUCCCCGUCACACCCUCGGACAUGGACGCCGCGCCACAUCUAGGCGUCCUAGCCGUGAUGGCCGUCGGCAUCCACUGGGUCGACAAAGCGGACUGCUUGCGUCGAGGCGUUACCGUGACGAAUUGUCGGGCCGGCAACGUCGACGCCGUCUCCGAGCAUUUUCUGGGACUGUACUUUGCGAGUCGUAAGCGUAUAGCCCAGGUCCACAACACACUUACUCAAACGGACGAGUGGCACGACAAGGGCACGCUGACGAAACUGUGGCCAUCGGGUCCACCGAUGGGAUGUCGGCAGGAGACGCUGGGGAUAAUGGGCUACGGCACACUAGGCAAGCGCAUUGCCCAGCUAUGUCGGGCAGUCGGGUUCGGCGAGGUUUCAAUCAGCGAACGCAAAAAUGCCACGACAAUACGCGAGGGCCGGGUCUCGUUUGACGAUAUCAUACGCCGAGCAAGUGUGAUUUGUGUAUGCGUGCCCAAGGAGGACGACACGCUCGAUCUGAUUGCCGAGAAGGAGUUAAAGGCCAUGAGGCCCGAGGCGCUUGUCAUCAACGUCGCAAGAGGUGGGAUCGUGAAUGAAGCUGAUCUAGCAAGAGCACUGCGCGAAGGCUGGAUCGCAGCAGCGGCUGCAGAUGUGCUCGAGAUCGAACCUGCGGGGCCAGGGUCAGGGCCAUUGACACCAGAUUUGACGAAAGAGACGUCGGUGCCUAAUCUGACCCUCUCAUCGCAUAUAGCAUGGUUCACCCAGACUACGAUCCAGACGUACCAACGCCUACUCAAGGAGGGGGUAGAAGGCUGGGUAACUGGGACGUUACAGCAGUCUGAGGAUAAAGUGCACGAUGUGGUCGUCGUGCAUAACGGGAAGAUCUGGUGA